AGAGAAGUGAUGAGAGAGAGAGAGAGGGACCCAUGGCACCGCCCAUAGGCAUAAGCACGCAGCUCUAACGAAUCCCAACCCAUCUCCCAUCUAUUUUCUCCCCUCAUCUAACCCUAACCCACAAAUAUAUCACUCUCUCUCUUUCCUUCCUUCUUCUCUUCCAAAUCUUCAACAAAUCCAAUCCCACAAAAUUUCUUCCCCCAAAUUCCUUCAAAUUUCUAUGCUUCUCUUCUUCUAAAAUUAAAGCUCCAAAUCUUUGGAAUUCAAUUCCCAUAUGGAUUCCCACUCCCUUCCCCCUCCUUUCCACACCCGUGAUUUCCAUCUCCAACAACAUCCAUUCCACACCAACACCAACAACAACAAUUCCGAAGAAGAACAUAGCACCACCACCACCCGUCUCAAACGCGACCGUGAUGACGACACCAACAACUCCAACCCCAACUCCGCUGGCGACCCCACCCCCGACGGAGAAAUCACUCGUCGCCCUAGAGGACGCCCCGCUGGAUCCAAAAACAAACCUAAACCACCCAUUAUCAUUACUCGCGACAGCGCCAACGCUCUCCGUACUCACGUCAUCGAAGUCACCGAUGGCUGCGACAUCGUUGAUAGCGUCGCUACCUUCGCUCGACGUCGUCAACGUGGUGUUUGUAUUAUGAGUGGUACCGGUACGGUUACAAACGUUACUCUCCGUCAACCCGCUUCACCCGGUGCAAUUGUCAACUUACAUGGCCGGUUCGAGAUCUUAUCUCUUGCCGGUUCGUUUCUUCCUCCUCCUGCUCCUCCAGCUGCUACUACUUUGACUAUUUAUCUCGCUGGUGGUCAAGGGCAAGUCGUCGGUGGUAGCGUUGUUGGUACUUUGAUCGCUUCCGGUCCUGUCGUUAUUAUGGCUGCUUCGUUUAGUAACGCGGCGUAUGAACGGCUUCCAUUGGAGGAAGACGAUCAACCACCGCUUCCGUCGCUGCAAGGCGGCGGGGGAAUUGGGUCGCCGGAUGAAGUUGGGCAGUCACAAAUAACGGCGCAAACGGCACAUCAUCAACAACAGCAACAGAAUCAACAACAACAGCAGCAACUACUUAACGAUGGUAAUGCGCCGUUAUUUCACGGUUUGCCUCCGAAUCUCUUGAAUUCAAUUCAAAUGCCACCGUCGGAAUCACCGUAUUGGGCAACUGCCCGUCCUCCGUACUAACCCACUACUCUCAAACCCAAAAAAAAAAAAAAAAAAAGAAAAAAAUUCCAUAUCCUUUUGAGUUGUUUCUUUAGCUUAGCCACUCAGCCAUGGAGAUUAUUAAUUAAUUUGGGGUUUGUUUUUUCUUUUCUUCUUUUUUCAAUUAUUUUUCUAUUUCCUCAAGUUUGUUUUUCUUUCAUAAUUUUCAGGAUAUUUCUUGAUCUUAGUUGGUAAUCAAAUUAGAUUACAUGUCAAAUUUAUCAUAUUAAUUACUACUUGUUUUUUUCUUU